AUGACUGAGAGGCAGAAAAAUCUUGGGGUGAGUCGACAAGAGAUCCAGCAGAGGAUCCAGAACAGAGAGAAAGAUGUGAAGCUUCUUCUGCAGGAGGUGGAGGCUGUCAACCGCUCGGCUGAUAAAGCCGUGGAGGACAGUGAGAAGAUCUUCAGAGAUGCAAAGCACCAGAUCAGAUCUCGUCAGAAAUCGGAAGUGACUCACAUGAACAAGCUUCAGGAGAAGCUGCAGCAGGAGAUCACUGAGCUGAAGAGGAGAGAUUUGGCGCUGGAGCAACUCUUACACACAGAGGAUCACAACCAGUUUCUCCAUGAUUACAUUAUGCUGUCACGUCUUACUGAAGCUACAGACUCACCCAGCAUCAAUAUCCGUCCUCUGAGCUACACUGAGGAUGUGGCAGCAGCUGUGUCAGAGGUCCAACAUAAACUACAAGACGUUCUCAGUGAGGAAUGGACCAGGACCUCGCUGACAAGGACUGGAGAUGUUUCACCGCCACAGGCUGAGCCCAAGACCAGAGAUGACUUCCUCAGACAUUCAUGUCAAAUCACACCGGACCGAAACACAGCACACAAACAUAUGAAUAUGGAUUAUUGGAAUAGCUGUAAGGUAGCGUUCCAAUUCAAUAGAAAUCCACAUUAUGAUCACCCAGACAGUUUCACAGAUUGGUGUCAGGGUUUGUGUCGAGAAGGUCUGACUGGGCGUUGUUACUGGGAGGUGAAGUGGGAGGGGAGAGGUGUAUUUGUAGCAGUGGCAUACAAGAGCAUUAACAGAAAAGGAGAUGAAAGUCUAUUUGGACACAAUCACAAGUCUUGGGCAUUACAAUGUUUUCCUGAUGGUUAUGAAUACAGACAUAACAACAUCAUAACUCCCAUCUCUGGCCCUCAGUCCUCCACAGUUGGAGUGUACCUGGAUCACAGUGCAGGUACUUUGUCCUUCUACAGCGUCUCUGAAACCAUGACCCUCCUCCACAGAGCCCAGACCACGUUCACUCAGCCUCUCUGUCCUGGAUUUGGUUUGCAUGCUUAUGGAGCCUCUGCUGUAAUCUGUAGAGCUCCAAACACAGAAGAGGAAGAAGAAGAACAAGAGUCCCUGUAUUCCUAA